AUGAAGAUUUGGGAAAACUUACUACUGUCUCUCUUCUUCAAUCUAUGUCUAGUUGCAACAUUCAUAAAUGGUUCCACUAAUGACAAUGACAGAAAGCCAUACAUUGUAUACAUGGGAGACCUGCCACGUCAUCAUGCUGGAAUAGCAGCCGUAAAAAAACACCACACCCUACUUUCAGAGGCAAUUGGAGAUGAAGGAAUUGCCAGAGAAUCCAAGAUACAUAGCUAUGGAAAGAGCUUCAAUGGGUUUGUGGCAAAGCUGUUGCCUCACGAGGCAAGAAGAUUAUCAGAGAAAGAGAGUGUUGUGUCAGUGUUUCCAAACACUGUGCGUAAACUUCACACCACAAGAUCAUGGGAUUUUCUGGGGAUGCCUCUGACAAUGAAGAAAAGGAAUAUUAAAGCAGAGAGCAAUAUAAUUGUUGCUGUCCUAGAUACAGGAAUUUGGACACAAUCUCCCAGUUUCAAUGAUCAAGGCUAUGGCCCUGCCCCAUCCAAAUGGAAAGGCAAAUGUGCAAAGGGCGUUAACUUCACGGGAUGCAACAACAAAGUCAUCGGUGCAACUUGCUACAAUCUGGACCGUGGCAGCCCAACGGAUCAGCUGUCACCGGUUGACACGGAUGGGCAUGGCACACACACUUCCUCCACGGCUGCUGGUGUUCCCGUCAAGGGCGCGGGCUUGUAUGGCAUUGCCCAAGGGACUGCACGUGGAGGAGUGCCAUCAGCACGCGUCGCCAUGUACAAAGUAUGCUGGGGUAUUGGAUGCACUGACAUGGAUAUCUUAGCUGGAUUCGACGCCGCCAUUGCUGAUGGGGUCGACGUGAUAUCAAUCUCUCUAGGGGGAGCAGCCGGCGUGUACUUCGAGGAUCCAAUCGCCAUUGGAGCCUUCCAUGCCGCCAAGAAGGGAAUCUUCACCUCUUGCUCGGCUGGAAAUGAAGGGCCUGCUCCAUUUUCAGUGCAGAAUGUUGCACCAUGGAUCAUGACAGUAGCUGCUAGUAGCAUGGACCGGCAGAUCAGGACGGAUGUGAAAUUGGGCAACGGCAUGAAAGCUUCAGGAAUUUCUGUAAACACAUUUUCACCUCAAAAACAAAUGUACCCUUUAACCAAUGGAGCUCAAGCAUCCAAUCUCACUGGAAGCAGUCAUGGAAAUGCCAGUGCUUGCGACUACGGAACUUUGAGCCAGAGCAAGGUGACAGGAAAGAUAGUGUAUUGCCUUGGAAAAAAUGGUCAGGAUUACACCAUCAAAGGCUUAGGUGGGGCUGGAACGAUCGUCUCCAUUGAUCCGGAAACAGACAUUGCCUUCACCUUUCUUAUACCAACAACUUACAUCGCUGCUAUGGAUGGUAAAAUGAUCGAUCAGUACAUCAACUCAACUAAAACUGCCAAGGCUGUUAUAGACAAGUCAAGAGCUGCUUACAUGCCAGCCCCUUUCAUUGCUUCCUUCUCAUCAAGGGGACCCCAAUUAGUGGCUCCCAACAUCCUCAAGCCUGACAUUGCAGCACCAGGAUUGAGCAUACUUGCUGGAUAUUCACAAUUGACAUCUAUAACUGGAGAUCCAAACGACAAACGGUACUCGAAAUAUAACAUACUAUCAGGAACAUCAAUGGCUUGCCCACAUGUUGCAGGUGCUGCAGCCUAUGUCAAGAGCUUCCAUCCCACCUGGUCCCCUGCUGCAAUCAAGUCCGCUCUUAUGACCACAGCAACCCCCAUGAAGAUCAAGCAGGCAGACGCUGAGUUGGGUUCUGGUUCAGGCCAAAUAAACCCAGCAAAAGCACUGUACCCCGGCCUCAUAUAUGACAUUUCCAUGAGCUUCUACAUUCGUUUCCUCUGUAAGGAAGGUUACAACAGCACGACCAUACGCUUACUCACCGGUGGCAAAAAGCUGUACAACUGCUCCAGUUUCCCACCAGCGCUAGGCACCGACGGCCUCAACUAUCCCUCCAUGCACAUCCAGCUUAAAAAACGCAGUCCUACCAUCUCUGCAGUAUUUCAUCGGAUCGUGACAAAUGUGGGGUCUGAGAAAUCAGUGUACAAGGCACUUGUGAACUCGCCGAAGGGACUCUCUAUCACAGUUAUCCCAAAUACCUUGUCAUUCGACCGCAUAGGCCAGAAGAGAUCCUUUAGAGUGGUUGUGAAUGGCAAGUUUAUGGAAGCCAGAUCUUGGAUCCUAUCAGCACUUCUAGUGUGGAGCGACUCGAAGCACACUGUCAACAGUCCAAUAGUUGUCUAUAGACCUUUGGUUUAGGAUUAUUUAGUUUUUUAUUCUUCUUGUUUGCACAUUGCAUAAACAUGUGCUCCAGUUGAUCUACUAAAUUUCAUUCUUU